CUUCACUCUGACACCACCGUGGAGGCAUUCACCAAGAUUGCGGAUGGAAUAGUUGACAUCUUCAAUUUUUGAAAACCUUGAAACGUAACAGGGGUUUUGCCUAUAGCCUGGAGGUAUUCGCGCAAUUCAACAACCUGCUGCACUGGGAGAAUUAGAGAUAUCAAUCAAUCGUGGGAAUGUAAGCACCUCCAAAAGGAUACGGGAGGUACUGAAGGUGUUGUCCCGAAUCGAUGAUAACAAGAACGGGACGAUUCAAUCCUCAGACUUGGAGGCCUCAAAGAUCAUCCUGGAGGUAUUCAAGGUUUUAACUUGCUCACAACACGGACACAUCUCCCUACUGAACCAUGGCCCAGCAGCGUCGUGAGUAUGUUUUCCUCGUCGCGCCUCCCUCUCUCCUUUCCUUGUUUCUCCACGUCUCGCUCACCUACUUCCAUCCUACUUCUACUGUCAAUAUGGACCAAGCAGAUAUCAAGAAAGGUGGCAUUGAUAUAACCCCGCCAUCUUUUUCUACUUCGGACCAAGCAGAUUCUCAGGCUACUGUCGUUCCUCCUACAAGUCUCCUCACAUGUCUACGCGUGGCAACAACUCAACGAGAUGCCCCUUCACACGUCAAAUCCAUACCACAGAACGUUUACUCGCCCAUUGGACCUCCACAUGUAGCGACUGCGUCUACUCCAUUCGUCCUGCUUGAGCGAUACCCGCUUGAGAUUAUGGCUACCUGCGUCGGUGUGGACUUCGACAAGCUCAACAAACACCUCGGUCAGAUGUCACUUAUCCAACAACUUCUGUGUUGUCUUCACAGGAGCACCAUAACCUAUAUCAGCUCGCGCUCAUGGUAGAGGGAUUGCGAGAGAAGGUCUAGAACAACGAGCGUACCACCAGGGCUAAAGCUGGGGUGGAGGGGGUAUAUCGCAUCUGCCUAGCCCCUCUGUCAAGCUCAGAUCCCGAAAUUUGCAGACGCAUUUCCAAAUCAUGGACGUUCCGCAGAUACGCCUUGGACCUCAUCGUCCCAUACGCUGACCAUGUGGGAGAUCCAGCAAAAUGGAGACAGACUAUGCUUGGUCACUGGAGUCAAGCCAGCUACGGUUACUGCCUGAGGGAGACCCUCGUGUCUCACGCCGACAUCAUUCGAAUCAUUUCACCAAACGAAGGAGUUCAACAUACCUUGACAAGGCGCUGCAGCAGUAUCAGAGAGAAAGAAGUUUAGAGAACAGCUUUGGUAAUUCAUGGCAUGACGAGAUGGAUACAGUGCAUUGAGUGGAAUGCUGGAAAAUGAUUGCGAGUAGACGUUGCACCGGUAUUG